AUGGCUGCCACAUGGUACAGAAAGUCUUCUCAAUUUAAAAAGUUUUGUUUGUUUCUUUUGAAACCUGAUAAGACUUAUCCUCUCUCUUCGAACUACAUUGGAAAGGUUUCUUUUUGCUCUGCUGCAAAACCGUACGCUUUCCAUCCCAGAACGAGAACUUUAGAAAGUAAAGAACAAGCGCUGUACCUGACCARGACCAUCGUCAACGGAGAACUACCUAGUCGUUUACAAAAUAUAACCAUAGASCAUGAUUUACAGCAGGAAAUAAUGGACAGUUACAGACAGAAUAUCAUACAGACUCGUCUUUUUAAUUAUGAUGGAGAAAGAUCCACCAAAACGACGUGUGCUCUUCCAUUGAUGAUGAACAUGCUGAAGGCUGUUUGGAGCAGGUCAGCAAGAUUCACUGGUCUUUAUGACAUGUCAUUGUCAUACAAACCCCAGGUCACUGCUGUAUGGAAGCGCCAUGAUGACCUUGUCCAAGUCUCAGGAAACAUAGGGUUUUUAAUUUCAUCAAAAAAGCCCUUAMCUAACUUUGUAACAAUUAAUGAGGUGCAAAAUACAGAACAUSAGAACUUGAACAAUCUUGAUUUUAUUGCACCAGUAUUUGAUCUUCAGCAAGUAGCAUCUAAUGCAAGGACAGAUACAGGAUUUUUACCAGGAUCACCAUAUCCACAUGCACAUACUUUGGUUAUAGUGAACACAGAGAAACACUGGUCACUUGAAGAUAGAUGUGCUCAAGGUAUUAUGUUUACAUUUGGAAGGCUGCUUGCUCAAGCAACAAACUUGAAUGGCUACAAAAUUGGUGAAGUYUUGAAGAAGCCUUUGUCAGCUCAGUGUAUUGUGUCUGAUGGGUUUAGGCUUACCUUCAUUGGUGUUCAACUCAAUACAUUAGAGUUUGAUACUGAUCAGGGAAUAAAAAAUAUUUCGUGGGUGUUACCAGGAAUUCAAAUGUAUAAUAAGGUUUCAUACAAUGAGGAAGACGCUAAGUGUGAAGUAGACGCUUUCAAUGAGGACUGUUUUGAAGUAUUCACAAAGAUGAUCAUCAGUGGAUUAGYUCAAUAAUUUUUUUUCUUCUCUUUGAAUACAUGUGUUCUGGUUAUAAAUUUGUAUUUUUUUUC